AUGAUCAUAACAAGUCCCUCACUUCCAACCAUCUUUAAUCUCUCUCCCUCCCUCUCUCACUCACCAAAACCCCUCAUCAUCCAUCACUCAUCACUCAUCACCAUCAAACAUCAAAACAUCCCAAAAUCUGCCUCGCUCGUACCCACCAUCCACCCACCAUCCACCCAUUCCACACAAUCAUUCCCACCCAUUCCCACACCAUCCAGCACGCACCAAGUCAUUCAGCCUCGCACUAAAACCGGAACUCCAAGCAAGCAAGCAAGCAAGGCCCACCAGCAAGCAGGAAUGCACUGCCUCAUUGUGGCUCACCUAUGA